AUACGAUCAAGGAGCAGAAAAAGGAACGUGGCGUAUAUAUAUCUUACUUUGCCAACCUAGCUAGACGCCUACACCUGUUACGUGCUUUGAGUUCGACACAGCUAGAAGGUAGACAUGGUUAUGGGCAAACACCUGGUCGCUGUCGGCAGAGACCUGAUCUUUAGGGGGCCGCAUACACUGACGCCGAGGGCGACGCCAUCGACGGGCAGUAACACCACCAAGUCGACCAUCAUCUCGGUGGUGAUAUGCGUCCUGUUCUUCCUGGUCGGCCUCUGCGGCUACAUCAACAAGUACUGCCGCCGCGUCGACGACGGCAGGGCCACGGCAGCAGCGCCGGUGGGAGGCAGGUCAUCCUCAGGGAGGAGCUCCAGGAAGCGCGGGCUGGAGCAGUCGGUGGUGGCGACGUUCCCGGUCAUGCCGUGGAGGGGCCACCACAAGAAGGACAAGGAGAAGGAGAAGACGGUGAUGGAUGAAGAGGAGGAGCGCUGCCCCGUGUGCCUGGCGGUGUUCGAGGAAGGCGACAACCUCCGGCUGCUGCCGCACUGCUCGCACGUGUUCCACCCGGAGUGCAUCGACCCCUGGCUGCAGGCUCGGGCGACCUGCCCCCUGUGCCGGGCCAACCUUGAGAGGCCGCUGCCGGCCGACGCCGUGGCGAUUGCGAUGCCGGCCGAGCGAAGCGACGACGACAACGUGGAUGACGGGAAGGAGGAGGAGGAGGCCAUGGAGCUCGAGAUGCUACGCACAGAGCGACGGGCGGCGAGGCUGCCAUCAGUCGCCACGGGGAAGCUGACACUGCCGGCUCCAGUAGAGCGCAUCGCUGAGAGAGUGUCUGCGGAGGACAUUAACAAGCCGCCGUCCAGCGUCGAUGUCAUCGGCCCAAGCUAGGCUGUUCGAUCGCGUGAUAUUGUACAGCGGUUUUUCUUUUCUCUUUUUCUUAGGGAAUACAGCGGUUCGAGUCUAUCCGUUUGUGCAGCGGUUUAC